ACAAGCCCGCAGUAGAACCAUGGAGACGGAACUCACAGCGAUGUCUCUGGAGGCACGACACACUCGCUCGCACUCUCAUCCCGCUCCAGACUGGGACAAAAGGAAAGGCAUGCACAUGGCUGAUCUCCUCUUCGCCUCCCACUGCUCUUAACGUCUCCCUCCCUUCUUAGCAUUUACCAGCAGGACAGAAGAGGCCAAAAAACCCCUGGGAUAUACCCACAGUUCUUCAGAUAUAAGGAGAGGAGAGCUAGGGUCGCAGAAGAACCUGGAGCAAAGCUGUCACUCACAGGCAGAUGCUGCUCACUGCUGGGUCUUGGUCAGAUGACAUCGCUGUUGACUGGCACUGUUCCGGGAGCAGUGGUUCACUUUGGGCAGGUGCGCUCUGAGAUUGUGAUGAGGGGCCGGGGUCACAGGUCUGUGGAUGUAGAGGAGCUGCUUCGGCAGUCUCAGGCUGAGUUGCUAUGGAUACAGAGACAGCUGUCAAUCAUCUCGGCAAGGAAUGCUCGACACACGCGGGCAAAAGACAGGCUGAGGCACGAAGUGGCCCCGCAGCACGUCUCCACCCUCUCCCCCCAGAAUGUGAAUCUCUGCCAACUACUGGAGGACAGGAACCAAGACCUCAAGCGUGAACUGGCCACCCUCAAGCAGGAGAAACAGCGCUACAAGUCCCUGGAGACCGAGGUCAGAGAAAGAAGGGCCAAGUGUCGGGCGUUAGAGAAGGAGGUGAAGAGUACAUGCCUUUCAUGUCAGACUUUGAAGAGCGAGCUACAUGAUGCCUUGCAGGAGAGGAAUCGUCUCAAUCUGCAGUUGCUCAGUCACAGCCUGAAGGCUGCGCAGUAUGAACAGGUGAAGUCAGACUAUGAGCAGCUCCGAGAGACCUUUGGUACUGUGACUCAGGAGCGAGACUUGGCACGCCAGGAGAAGAACCAGCUCCAAGACCAACUUGAGAACCUUGAGCAGGUCCUGAAGCAUAUGCGAGAAGCUGCUGACCGGACGCAGCAGUUGGAGGCGGAGCAUGAUCAGGCCCUGGCUGUCCUCAGCACCAAGCAGCAGGAGAUCCACCUUCUGCAGAAGGCUCAGGUUGAAGCCGAGAAGGAGCACGAGGGAGCGGUUCAUGUGCUAGAGGUCAAAGUUCGCAACCUGGAACAGAAAUGCAGGUCUCAAAGUGAGCAGUUCACCCUUCUGUCUAAAGAACUUCAUAAGUUCCGAGUGGAGGCUGACACUGUGGACAUCCUGAGUGCUGACCCCUCUCCUGUGUUGAAGGCUGCCCAUCUCCCAGAGAAAAACCUCUCUCUCACUGUCAACGGUCGACCCUCUCAGCCUGGGAAAGGCAAUGAGAGACCUGCGGGCAGUCCGCUGAAAGCCGAGACCCCUCACCCCCUGCCCGCCGCCGCUGCCGCUGCUGCCCGACACAAGCCCGAGUCGUUGUCCGUCAAACCCAUCAUCCUGACCAGGAGUAGGCCCUCCAGCCCGCAGCGGGCAGGCCCCUCAGAGAUGGAGGAUGAGGUGAGUCCAUCUCCCAGGUCCAAACCCCGCUACACAGGACAGGUCCGCCUCUGCACUGCCCGCUAUAGCUAUAACCCUUAUGAUGGACCUAAUGAGCAUCCGGAGGCAGAGCUCCCCCUGGUGGCGGGGAAGUACCUGUAUGUCUAUGGGACUAUGGAUGAUGAUGGCUUCUAUGAAGGAGAGCUGCUGGAUGGACAGCGCGGCCUUGUCCCCUCCAACUUUGUGGAGUUCAUCCAGGACAAGGAGAAGCCCCCGGCCGAGGGUGGGGAUGACCUGGGCCCUCUGGAGCGUAGCCGUCUGGGCCUUGGCUCGGGCGACGGGGCCGGGGGCCUGGGGGGGCCCUUGGACAGCCUGGGCAUGGGUGACCCUCUGGGGCCCUGCAGCAAUGGCACGGGGGGCCCGCAGGAAGGGGACGAGCUGUCCGACAACGUGGUGCCUUACCCGCGGCGGCUCACGCUGAUCAAGCAGCUGGCGCGCAGCGUGAUCGUGGCCUGGGAGCCGCCGCAGGUGCCGCUCGGCUGGGGUUCGGGCGCGGCGGGCACCGGUGCGGGCGGCGGAGGGGGCGGCGUCAGCGGCUACAACGUGCUGGUGGACGGCGAGGUGCGCUCCAGCGUGCCAUUCGGCGGGCGCACCAAGCUGCUGCUGGAGAAGCUGGACCUGGCGGCCGCCACCUACCGCGUGUCCGUGCAAAGUUUGACCGAGCGCGGGCCCUCGGACGAGCUGCGCUGCUCACUGCUGGUGGGCUGCGGCGUGACGGUGGCGCCGUGCGGCCUGCGCGUCGACAACAUCAUGCUGGACUCGGCCGAGCUCUCGUGGCUGCCCAGCAACAGCAACUACGCACACGCCAUCUACCUGGACGGCGUGGAGCAGGCGGUGGUGCGGCCUUGCUGCUACCGGUACCGCUUCACUGGCCUCAAGGCCACAACUGUGUACAAGGUGCGGGUGGUGGCCAAACCCCACCAGAUGCCCUGGCAACUGCCCCUGGAGCAGAGGGAGAAGAAGGAGGUGGGGGUGGAGUUCUGCACCCAGGCGGCAGUUCAGACAUGUCAAGGUCCCCCACUACCUCCGCAAGAGGUUCAGGUCCAAUGCGGUCCAGGUCCUGGGGUCCUACAGGUCUCUUGGAAACCCCCACUACUCACGCCUAUGGGGACCUCCAAUGGGGCCAAUGUCAUUGGGUACGCCGUGUGCACCAAGGGACAGAAGAUAGCUGAGGUGAUGUUUCCAUUGGCGGACUACGUGACUGUGGAGUUGAACCGAAUCCAAUGUCUGGAGGCGCGCGAGGUCGUCGUCCGGACCCUGUCAGCACAAGGAGAGUCGCAAGACUCGCCCGUCGCAACCAUUCCAAACAACCUGCUGGUGCCUCCGCCUGGUGCUCCCCAUCAGCACCCCCACCCCCACCCCCACGCGCCUCCGCCUCACCUCCAGUCCCCGCUACGCCCUCAGCCCCAGCCGAUGCCCCCACACCAGCACCCGGGCCCCCAGCAACCGCAGCCUCAGAUGCAGCCGCACCCUCCACCCCACGCUCCGCCCCACCCGGUCCCCCAGCCCUCGCCCAGCCACUUCCAGCCCCUGCCGCAGCAGCCUCCCCGACACCUGCCCCCGCACCCUCCGCACCCACACCCGCAGCCUCCGCCACACCUCCACCCGCUGCCCCCUCACCCAGGCCCCCAGCCCCAGCCCCACAUCCCCAUGCCCCAGCCGCACAUCCCGCAGCUGGCCCACCCGGCUCCGGGGCAUCCGCAGAGACCACUAAGUGCCAGAGAGCUGGAAACCAAAGAGCCCGGGCUGCCCGGGGGGCCUCCCGGCGCCGGGCACCACGGCCCUCCAGGCGGCCAGCAGCCGUGGGAGCCCCUGCGCUCGCCCUCGGGCGGCCCCAUGCCCCGCGGGCCCGCACACGGACACAUGCUGGAGGCGCCAGCCCACCCCAACCGCCGCUCGCCCUCACCACAGAGGAUCCUGCCGCAGCCUCGCGGCACGCUCAUCCCCGACACGGUAGCCAAGGCCAUCGCCAGAGAGGCAGCACAGAGGGUGGCCGCCGAGAAUGGACGGAUUGAGAGGAGGAGCCAGCCUUUCCACCAGCAGGGCUCAGAUGAAGAAGAGGAUGAGGAAGGUUACGGCCAGGGACGGCGUAGAGGGGCAUCUGUGGACGACUUCCUCCGUGGCUCUGAGCUGGGCAGACAGCCUCAAUAUAGUCAGGGUGAGGAGUACCAUACAGAAAGCAGCCGUGGCUCUGACCUGUCUGACAUCAUGGAGGAGGAUGAGGAGGAGCUCUACUCCGAGAUGCAGCUGGAGGAAGGUCGCAGGCGCAACUCUCACAACACACUGAAGGGCUCUCCCUCAUCUGGGCGUCUGGAGCGCGGUGACAAUCGACGCCAGGGUCACGGCGGACCUCAACCCCAGCGCCGGCCUCUCAUGGUGCCCUCAAUUGAGAUAACCACAGAGAGUAACAGUGAGGGGAACCUAUCUCCGGUCAUGGAGGAUGUUUACUAUGGCAGAGUAGCGCGCCACAGGACAUGGUCCUCUCGACGUGGGGGGCCGCGGCCGGCCUAUGAUGGGUACAGGGACCGAGACCGACGGUCACCUCCCUACUACGACGAGUCAGAACCCGAGGACCAGUGUCGAAUCUUUGUGGCGCUCUUCGACUACGAUCCCCUGUCCAUGUCCCCUAACCCGGACGCAGCCGAGGAGGAGCUGCCAUUCAAAGAGGGCCAGAUCAUCCGGGUGUAUGGCGAUAAGGAUACGGACGGCUUUUAUCGGGGUGAAAUUCGUGAUCGUUCCGGCCUGAUUCCCUGCAACAUGGUCUCAGAGAUCCGUGCGGAAGAUGAAGAAACAAGAGAACAGCUCCUCAAACAAGGCUUUCUGUCUCUGAACACACCUGUGGACAAAAUAGAGCAGAACAGGAGAGGAGGCAGGCAUGCUGUGGCCACCAGGAGGAUGGUGGCUCUGUACGACUACGACCCCAGAGAGAGCUCCCCAAACGUGGAUGUGGAGGCUGAGCUGACGUUCUGCGCUGGCGACAUCAUCGCUGUGUUUGGGGAGAUUGAUGAAGAUGGAUUUUAUUAUGGUGAGAUCAAUGGCCACCGGGGCCUGGUCCCCUCCAACUUUCUCGAAGAAGUGCCUGACGACGUGGAGGUCUACCUGACGGACACGCCCCCUCGCGGCGGGCAGCCGGCCGAGCCCGAGGCGGAAGCGGCUCCGGUGCCGCCGCCGCAGGCCGAGGCCAAACGGCAGGUACCCGUGGAAACGGCCCCCUCACCCGGACGCCCUGCCUCCCCCAUCGUGCGCCCGCAGCUUGUCCCCAUCCCCAUGAGGCCCCUGAGCCCCAUACGCGGGCCCCAGGACCUGGCCUCCAAAAAGAAAAAAGGACUGCUCUCGAAAGGGAAGAAGUUGCUGAAAAAGUUCUCCGCCGCAAAAUAGACCCAUGGUCAUCCUCAGCCAAGUCAUAAGUAUGCAGGUACUGACUGUGGAGGAUGAGUUGAGAUAAGGGCGCGCUUGCCAAUGUUUGGGAUCGGCGUCAAGAAAAAAAGAUCUUGUUACCACGUAGUGCCGAUUGUGUGAUUGAAACGGGUCAGUUAGUUCCUCAAAAGUUCAUUGCUUUCAAUCAGAAUGUGUGGGGAGAUAGCAAUGACAGGUCAUUGAUUCAGUCUUUUAGUUCAUGCAGUAAAUACUGAGAAAGCUUCAGUGCCAAGAUGUACGUGGAUAUUUACAAUUUCUUGGUUUUAAACUGCAGGGAUCUUUAUGAUUUGUGACAAGGGCAAAUGUGCAACAUAUAUACAGUGCACACACGCACACACACAUAGACACACACACUUGUUUGUUCAUGGUGAGUGACAGGGAGGUAUGAGCUGAAAUUGUGCAUCAGGGUAUGGAAAGAUUCAUGCAAACAAAUCUACGCCAAGAGUCACCUAGACCAGAAAAUAACAGUAUAUAUAUAUAAAUAUAUAUAUAUAUAUAUACUAUCAUCUAUUAUCAAUACUUCCUCAUAUAUUUAUCUAGAUACCUUCAGUGCAAUAUACAGCGUCUGUUCAGAAUAAUACAUUUUACAGGAGGUGUUUGACACUUGACUUUGUAUGAGAGGUGUUUUGUGCUAUAGUGUUUAGACAGGGUGCUUCAGAGGUCGAGAGCUUGAAUGAGUAAUAUAUGAAAACUUUCUCACCAUCUCAGUGGCCUUCAUCUAAACAAAACAAACAAACAAACAAACAAAAAAAACUACAAUGACCAAGAUGCUCUUCUGCUGUGACUGCUGUGCUCUUUCUCCACCUCGUGUGUUCUUCUCCCAUCAGUCUGUGCCAAGUACCUACUCUGGACUGCGUAAUGUGUGGGACUGGCGACUUUUCAAUGGGCCAUGGCCAUGUUUGGUUGAAUCCAGCCUCUUGUGUUUUGCCUUUCAAAAUGCACAAUUGUUUGUGUUUCACUCGGUGAGUGGAGAGUGACUGGUCUCUGUGUGCUUGUGUGGGUAUGUGGCUGUAUAUAAUGUGGGUCUGUGUGUGAGAGAGAGAGAGACAGACAGAGAGAGAGAAUGAGAGAGAGUGUGUGUGUUUCCGUGUGUGUGACUCACUGUCUUUUGUGUGUUCAUGUUUGUAAAUCCGUUCAACAAAGAGAAACAGAUAUAAAAAUUGAACUAGAAAAAAAAAUGUAUCAAAGUCACGUGAUCAUGUGCUGUGCUGCUAACCUACAUAGUGUCACAUUUUUUUGUUCACUGUCGCCAGGUGAUGGUUGCUCUUUCUCACUCAAGUAGGAAAUAUAUUUACUCAAAGAUGUCUAGGUGUGCAGUACCUUCUGAUUUUACAGCGUUUACUCGUUUACAUAGUGGCCCUUCUGUGUCAGCAGAAGUGGCACUCCUGUGCGAAUCUGUGAAAGGAUGAGAUUUGGUAAAUACUUUGGUAAGACCCCUGGACUUCAGCCUGUUCAGUCCUUGAUUUAUCCCAACCAAAUGGGUGACAUGGUAUGACUUCUAGAUUGGUAUGACUAGUUGGUGACAAAUCAGAAAUCAUUCAAACACAACUCAAACAAUUGGCCAAGUGUGUUUGUUUUGCUCCCACUGAACCAAGAUAACGGUCGGUGUAGCCCAAAUACUCAUGCAAUCGGAUCAAAAACUGAGCUGGGCUUUGCCAACACUUUCUUUUCCCUGUGUUGAAAUCAGAGUGAGUAUUUUACUAAAAGAGACCUUUCACAAUCAGCAAGAGUGUUAUGACCAAUGUAAUGAUUCUUUUGAUGUAAUGCAUAUGAAGUUUUGUAUAUGUUUGUAUGUAAAUGAGACAUAUGUUGCUGAAUAAAAGGAUGACUGCCAAAAAGUGUAUGAAGCAUUCAGCUGCCAGUAUAGCUUGUACCAUUAUUUUUUUGCCAAACCAUUUUGUCAUUUACUUAUUUAUGGAAAAGAGAGAAAGACUAACUUAAUAACUACACUGAGAUCUCACUUUAUAGUCCAUUUGUGGCUGGCAAUGGUAUCUUAACUGUUUGAGUGGCUGUUGGUCUUUUGUACUUUUACUCAUUUGUAGAUAAUUUAUUAUUAAUGUUUAUACUUGAUUUUUCAGAUUGCAUUUUUAGUGCAUCAGGAUGUAUUACUUGACAGUGCAAGCAGUAUUCAUGGUGUUCUCAAGAAAAGUCUCAGUUGCUCGCCCUGUGAAUCUAAAGACUAUGAGAUGAAAUCAGUGGAAUGUGUCUAUGAGUAUCAUAUGCUGUGUGGCUGUGCAUGUGUU